CACGUGGUGGCAAAGACGUGUUUUGAUUGGCUCGCGGGUAGGAUUGCCGCGUCCGCGCCGCAUGAGCCCGCGUUGGUGCCGCUCCACCAUCAGGUGCAUCGCGGGCCCGGGACCGUUUGUCGUGCGUCGUGCAUGCGUGCGGUCAACACACCUUGGCUUCCACUUGCUGCCAGGCAAACCCUCGUGGUUGGUGAGAAGGCACGCUGGAGAUGGAUGACGCAUCACAACACUGAAAAAAUCAUGGAACUGGUUCUAGACAAUUCGAUAUGGAAGAAUUUUCUCGACGCCCACGGCUACUGCCUGCUGGGUCACCUCGACUCGGGCAGCUUCAGUGACGUGUACGCCGUGCAGCACAAGAUGUCUGGCGUGACGCUGGCCGUCAAGAGGAUGGUGGCGCGCCGCGACAUGCACGCCGACCCCCGAGUGAUGGCGGAAGUCAGAUGCCUGAAGGAGUUGCGCAAGCGCAGUGACUGCUGCGUCAUCGGGUUGGAGGAGGCCGUGGUGCUGGAGCGCGUGGCUUGCUUAUUCCUGGAGCUGGCCGCCUGCGGUAACUUGGAGCACUACGUCUUGCAGCACUGGCCGCUGCCGGAGCGGCAGGUGGCUUGCGUCGUGCAUCAGGUGCUGACGGCCCUCGCCCACUGCCACCGAUUGGGCAUCGCGCACCGCGACCUCAACCCCGCCAACGUCCUGCUGGUGACCCCUGAGAUCGUGCGACUAGCAGACUUUGGCCUGGCAGUGAGCUGCCAAGACCCUGCCACCGGGAAACCUCUCACCUGCGAUGACUACCUCGGGAGGGAGAGUUACCUUGCCCCCGAGGUCCUCCGUCACUCUCCCUAUCUCCCUCGGGAGGCUGACCUGUGGAGCAUUGGGUGCCUCUCCUAUUUCUUGCUAACUGCUCAACAUCCUCGUCCGUGGAGAACCUUCUGCUCCGCGCAGGCGAAACCGGAAGUAUGUGACCUAGGACACCACAACGAGGGACUGCGAUGCCCGGAUGUUGUCUUGGACAGCAUGUCGCAACUCGUGGACAUCCGGGACUCUUUACACGACCGGUCAGAUGUGGACUUAACCUUCGUGGCUCCUUGCCCACGGACGUGUCCUCUUCUGUUGCGUCACAUGUUCCCGACCAAUCGCGUGGACCGUACCUUUGCAGCUAUCGCUCUGGUGGGUCUCCUCGGCGAGAUGUGUGUGAUCGAUCCUUUCCAAAGACUGGGCGCAGACGACGCUCUGCUGUACUGGGAAACACUACAAAAAUCUCGGACUUCGUCAGACUAUAGCAAAGAAGAUAUACAUUGUGAGAGUGUUUCCACCGAGUUCACAAAGACUUGAGGUCCUGCAACCUUUUUUUUUUUUGUCCAAAUGAUUGGAUCGUUUUUAUUACAAAUACUACCUCCCAAAAUCGUAGUAAAUAAACUUCCGUUCUCAAGAUACAAGGCUAAAAAUAUCAUAGAUUAGUAGAAGGGGCGGGGGAAUUCCAGAUAUCAGGAAUGUAACUUGAUACACUGUUGUCAAAGCUAUGUUGACUUAUGUUGUCAAGGCUACAGCUGAAACAAUACCGGAAAUAGGUAGAUCCUCGAACCGAAAAAAUACUGUACUUAAGGAUAUCUUUAAGUCUGUUUAACUGUAAAGGAUCCUUACAUUACCGUUGUGAGAGGUUGCAUUUCAGUUGUGCAUUUUUCUGGAAAAAAAUGUAAUAACAUUCUUGCUUGAUUUGAAUGUUUGACAAUGAUGCGAUACCUAACAACGAAAAAUUGGAGUUUUGAAUUAUUGUGGAACUUAGUUAUAUUGUGUCUCUUUGCACCGAAAAAAAUGACUCCAUCUUAUAUUAGCACAUAGCAACAACUACGGUUGGGUCUACUUUUUAUUAAUGCUGUUUAGGCACAUUCAGAACACUCAUCUCAACAUGUCACGUGAGGUGACACGAUGUCCUGUGUGUGUACUUGUCUUCGCCUCAACGUUCAUCUCAACAUGUCACGUGAGGUGACACAAUGUCCUUUGUGCUUGUCCACGACUAUUGCAGCUUGAGGAUGAUCUCAGUAGACACUGCAAGAAUACCAGACAAAUGGUCACCACUGUUUAUCAAAACCUUCAGCGGUACAAUGAUGGCGCAUAGCUACCUCAUCUGAUUGCAGCAAGGGUUGGAUGUUGGUGGCUGUUGCCUCUGGAAGUCACAGAAGAACAAAUGCACGCAAACAAGCAAUGGUCAUGGGAAAUGUGCUGAGGCUCCAAUAGAAAGAAGGUUUAUCGGAAGACAAUCUGAAGAAUGUACUUAUCCGUAUCAGCAACCACCCCAAGGACUAUUUGUUUUGUCACCAGUUUCCCGUGUGAUUACAUUCUCUAAUGGUUAAGAGACCAAAACUUUGCAAUAAACAAAACGUUUUGUAUAUAUUUGUGUGUGUGGGUGUGAGAGAAAGAGCCUGAAAGGUUUUGCUGGAUAUUCCUGCGCGAGACAACACGAAUUAAAAAUAGAUCACUGAACACAUUAAUUACGUCAUUUCCUGUCAUCUUGAAAUUUUACCAGAUUUUAUUGAAGACUCCCAUCUUAAAAAUUUCUCAUCGCUUCUAGGCCGAAAACUUUAGUUGCGAAUAUGCAAGUUUAUUAUUGUCGGAUGCGUCGCCCACAGCGGAAUGUGUAAAACAACAAUGGAAAAGUCUAGUGCCAGACCUGACAUUAGCGCGCCGCACCAUCGACGUAAACAAUGGGAUGUCGUGCCUACGGCGUCCGGCCGCUCUGACGCAGCCUCACGCGCAGCAAGAUGCCGUGCAGCAGCAGCUGCAGCAGCUCCGAGGUCAGCCCUACCGCCGCUCUAGACACGACCAACCCUCGACUAGGAUUUCCGUCACGCUAUCGCGCCGCACGCCCGUGACAACACUGCAGCACGCACACCGGACAUUCCUCUGUGCACUGCGCAUGCGCACUUGGCACUGGAUCAGACAACCAGUAAGUGGAGAGGUCACAAAAGGUCACACAGGUGCCAUGUUCGUGCCGGGUCGUAAAGGGGCGUUGUAGGGGGAGAAGGGAGGAGAGGGAGAAAGGUGGCACAGGGGCAAAUAUUUGACAACUGCUUUCCUGCAAAAGGAUGAAUGUGCUUUAUCUGGUUUCUCUCCCCAUUGUUCUGCUGUUUUAGUUUUCAGUUUUUGUGCUUUUUUCCUUUUUUUUAAUGUUCAGGAUUCGUGCCAUCACAAGGGACGUAAAUCAAGUUUAGCGUGAAAUACUCAGGACUAGAUUACACGCCCCUUGUUUUCAUCUUUUUUUUUUUUUAAGCUGUUUACGUUCAGGUUGAAUUAUUAAAGAUUUGAAAAACAGAGCAGAGAUAGGCUGGUGUUAAAUACCGUCUUAAAGUAUUGUAAGUGUGUUUGUGUGUAAUGAUGAUUUGGGGUAAAACUUUUCUUUGUACAUUGUAUAAUAAUAGAAAUAUGUGUGUACAGAAUGUAACCUCUUUGGUUGUAAUUCUUAAAGCUGCUGUUGCUAGCGCUCUCGCGACCCGGUGACUAGAAGGUUGAGAAGCAGGAAAGAUGGGCGUGAGAUAAAGGCAAGCAAACAGCCGAAAGUGAAAGAAAAGGCCCGUUCAGAAAAGUGGGUAUUGGGAAAAUAAACCACGCAUGCAAGAUGAGAUUCGUUCAGAAAGUGGAUACGUACUACGAAAAAUAAACCCCUUCAAAUAAAGCCUGCAAGAAAGUGGAAAGGAACACUUGAGAAAUAUACUUAACCAGAGCAACCCCACUUUCUCUUUUUCUCUCCUUUACACACACACAUACACACGCACGACGCACGCACGCACACACAGAUAAAGAGAGCAUGACUCUGACGUACGAGUAUAUGUGAAU